GCUCCGACUAUCUUGCUUGGCAUGCCACGUGGGUUCCUCAUUGAAUCCUAUAAAUACCCCCUCCGGGCCACGUCAAAAGGUAAUUGAAACCAACCUUAAGCUUUUCUUAUCUCCGCCCUAAAGGUAGCCCCGAUUAUUGCUGACUUAAGCAUCGGAGUGUCUACCCCGAGUUCCACCUCGGGGCUUUGCAGGUCGUUCCGAAGUGUAAGCGCGGACUGAAGAAGGACUUCGGGUUUGGUGCAAUUACAUUGGCGCCGUCUGUGGGAAUCGAACUGAAAGUUUUCUAGUUGCUCUUCCACCAUGGUUUACACUCGCUCAGUCAGAGCUGGUAAUUCAUCUCUGCCUCAUGGGCAGGGUCAACCCCCCAACAACCUUCCAACUCAGCUUCCACCACAGCUUCCACCUCAGCUUCUACCUCAAUUUCCACCUCAAGCCCCAGUUAUGUUCCCUCCUGUUGAUCAUGCAGAAGGAGGAGAUGAAAAUCAACCUCAUGCCUCAGCUCAUAACUCAGCUUCCACUGCCAACCAAGAUGUGGUGACAGCCCAACUUGCUGCCAUGCAGCAACAGUUUGGUGUUUUUCAAGUGGUAUUGGCUCAACUUUUGGCUAGAAACAAUCCUGGCGAUCCCCUAAUUAAUUUACUCAACCCCGCUCAACAACCCCCAGCUCCACAACAGAAUCCUCAACCAAAUCAACCUGCUCCUGUUAUCAGCGAAUCACAGGCUCAAUCCCAUAUUGCACCUACUCAACAACCUAUCCCUGAUGAUGUUACUCGCCGCCUCGAUAGCCUGGAAAAACUAGUAGCUGAACACCGAGGUGCCCCACCCCCACACCAUGCUGCUGAUUCUAUACCUCACCCAUUGAAUACCAACAUUACUCUGGAACCCUAUCCUGCUGGCUUCAAGAUACCACAACUGGAGACUUAUGACGGGACGAAGGAUCCCGAUGACCAUCUGCAUGCUUUCUACUCCUGCAUGCAAGCUCAGAACGCCUCUGACGCGUUAAUGUGCAAGAUCUUCCCCUCUACCUUCCGAGGUAAUGCCCGAACUUGGUAUUACAGUUUACCUCCGAGGUCAAUUAGCUCGUAUACAGAAAUGGCAUCUGCCUUUGCCACUAAGUUUUCCAGUAGAAGGUUGAUUAGGAAAACUACUUCUGAGUUAAUGAGGGUUAAACAGAGGGAUGGAGAAUCUCUGAAGAACUAUAUGAGCAGGUUUAAUGAUGCAGUUUUGGAGGUUAGUUCUUUUGAUGAAGCUGUGGGAAUUGCCGCUGUGAUCGCGGGUCUCAAGCAUGACAGGUUCAGAGAUAGUUUGAUCAAACAUGCUGCCAUCACCUUUAGCGAGGUGAAUGAUCGAUCUCUCAAGUUUAUAACCGCUGAGGAGUAUGCCCUGGCGCAAAACCCACCCCCCUCUAAGAACCAGAACCCAGAAUGGAGAGAUGACAAUUCGAGCCGAAAAAGAAUAAGGAUGGCACAGAGCCGAGGUCCAAUGUUGACCUCCCCACCGAGAUUCGGAAGGACGAACCCAAAUCCCCCGCAGCAAUCCGCAGGUAAACCUCCGGUUAAUUGGACUCCCUUUAAUCUACCGAGGUCACAAAUUUUUAUGCAGAUUAAGAACAAGAUGGACUUGAGACGUCCUGGCCCAAUGCGAGCUGCUGCUGCUAGUCGAGACCACACUAAAUACUGUGAUUUUCAUCAAGAUCACGGCCAUACUACAAAGCAGUGCAACAGCUUAAAGUUCGAACUCGAAAGUUUAGCUCAGAAGGGAAUGCUGAACGAGUAUGUGCAGAGAGCUGAACAGCCGCGGUUUGUCAGAGAGCAGAGGCCGCAGCCUCCAGGAGUCCGCAAUCCCCCGAAUAGACAAGGUGUGGGAUAUCAGCAAGCCCCACCUCCGCUUCCACCACCGGCUAGAAUCAUACAUAUGAUUACGGGAGGCCUUGAAGCAGGAGGACUGAGCUCUAAACAGCGAAAGCUGUAUGUCAGAGAGGUUAAGCAUCAGAACCGAGCUCAGAAGCGGAAGAUCGACGAUGCUGAAUGGAAGAAUCAACCCAUUACUUUCACAUCCGCUGACCUCGACACAGUAGUUACACCCCACAAUGAUCCUCUGGUCACUUCUGUCAUCAUCAAUAACUGUGAAGUACAACGUGUCCUUGUUGACACCGGGAGUGCACCAGACAUCAUGUAUUUUCACUGUUUCGAGAGUCUGGGACUAGAUCCAGCAUUGUUGCAAAAGUAUGAUGGUCCCAUCUAUGGUUUCAACAACCAACCUAUUCCAGUAGAAGGCGUUCUUACCCUCCAUGUAGCUUUUGGAAGUGGUCGGACCUAUGUCGCCCCUCCUGUUCGGUUCCUCGUCGUCAAGAUGGCCUCUUCUUUUAACAUUGUUAUUGGCCGACCCACGUUGACCGAAAUCCGAGCUGUGAAAUUUUAUCCCUAAUAAAAUUCUUUCAAGUUUUCAAGUCUUACUGUUCUUUACAUUUCUCACUUCGUGUUUAUUGAGGAUCAUUUUACCUCUUAUUCGAUGUAUCUGAGGCCAAUCAGUUCAUUCACUUCUAUUAAUAAAUGUCGCUUCACAUU